AGUAUUUAUUAGUAUUAGAUUUAAGAUACGCUUUUAUAAUUUGGAUCAUUUCGUUUUUAAAGAUUCAACCUGUUAUUUUAUUUCGAUUCAUUUGAACUAAGAUAAUGAAGAUAGUGGUGUUUUUAUUCUUAUCGGCAGUAGUCUGUGAACUGACUUAUGCGGCGUAUUUGGAUGAUUUUCGAGUUACUGAUCUUGCAAUACGGUCUAUUAGUGAUAAAUUCAAGAAGGCACUUGAAAAUUUAAAAGAAAUUAUAAAAUCAGGAAAUGCUACUAUUGGAAUUCCUAUAUUGGAUCCAUUUUAUUUAGCUCACAAAGAAAUCAACGCUGUAAAUAAUAUAUUUACCGGCACUAUAGCGGUAGCAAAUUUCAACUUUGACGGUUUGUCCACUUACAUUGUACGAAAUGCAGAUUUUAAAAUAGCUAAAUGGAAUAUUACGGUUGAUUUCUUAUGGCCUAAUGUUAAGGGGAAGACUGCUUAUGAUGUGCAAGGACACGCACUUGACAAAAUUCUCGUCUACGGAUCAGGCGACCUAUAGUAAGUAAACUAUUGUAUUUUAU